CGAUUUCCGAUUGAAGCUGUGCAGUGGCGGACUGAGUGUGUUGGGUACAGCACGACUUCUCAGCUGCGUAAACUUGUUAUCAUGGACGAUAUUAAACAAGAGCCUGAAGAUCAACUGGAAGAAACAACUACGGCCGCAGAACUCGAAAAUGAACCGCCACAGGAGAACACGAACGGCGUGAAAACUGAAGAAGCUGAGGAGGCCCCCAAGGAGAAGUCCGAGCUGAAAGAGAAAUCUGGCGGCAGGAGAUCAAACCGGUUUCAGCCUUACUCCAAAGAGAAGCAUGCCGGCGCUGGAGACAAGAAGGGUGUCCACAGAAACCGAGUGUUCAUUAGCAAUAUCCCGUAUGACAUGAAGUGGCAGGCAAUUAAAGAUCUCAUGAGAGAGAAAGUCGGUGAGGUUACAUACGUGGAGCUCUUUAAGGAUGCAGAAGGAAAGUCAAGGGGUUGUGGUGUUGUGGAAUUCAAAGAUGAAGAAUUUGUGAAGAAGGCGAUAGAAGUUAUGAACAAGUACGAUCUGCAUGGCAGGCCUCUUAACAUCAAGGAGGACCCCGAUGGUGAGCACGCUCGCAGAGUCCUGCAGCGCUCAGGCGGCAUGUACCCAGGGGGGCGUGGCCAAGACGGGGGUCCAGGUGGAAUGAACCUGCCCCCAUCCAUUGCCAACAAUCCGAAUAUCCCUCUUGAGGUCAUAAACGCCCUGCAGGCUGGCAGGCUUGGAUCCACGGUGUUCGUGGCCAAUCUUGAUUUCAAAGUUGGCUGGAAGAAGCUGAAGGAGGUUUUCGGCAUGGCUGGAACAGUCAAAAGGGCUGAUGUCAAAGAGGAUAAAGACGGCAAGAGCCGUGGAAUGGGAACUGUCACCUUCGACCAAGCCCUCGAAGCCGUUCAGGCCAUAUCUAUGUUCAAUGGUCAGAUGUUGUUUGACAGGCCCAUGCAUGUUAAGAUGGAUGACAAGUCAAUUCCCCCAGACGAUUUUCGUCCAGUAGAGAAAUCACCUCAGUUGCCAAGGGGUCUCGGUGGUAUUGGGAUGGGCUUGGGGCCUGGAGGACAGCCAAUCAAUGCAAACCGUCUGAGUGGGGGUGGAGGCAUGGGGAACAUGGGGCCUGGAGGCAUGGAUGGGCCUGGGUUUGGAGGAAUGGGCAGAAUGGGAGGGAUGAGCGGUGGCGGGUACGGGGGCAUGGAUGGCAUGGGUAACAUGGGCGGCUACGGCGGCAGAGACGUGGGACCCAUGGGGAGGAUGGGAGACAUGUAUCGCUCUGGAAUGGGUGGCCUUGACCGAGACUUCGGCAGAAACGACAUGUCCAUGAAUCGAGGCUUUGGAGAUUCCUUUGGGGGAAUGGGAGGUGGAAUGGGAGGCUAUGGAGGAGGCAUGGGUAAUGCUGGCAUGGGUCCAAUGGGGUCUGGAAUAGGCAGUGGAAUGGGGAGCAUGGGCAUGGAUCGCAUGAGCUCCAGUUUCGACCGGAUGGGCGGCGGCAUGGACAUGAACCGUGGAUACGGGGGCUACGGGGGCGGCUCAGGAUACAUGGGCGGCGGGAUGUCUGACCGGGGCUCGGGGUCAAAGGCCGGCUGCCAAAUCUUUGUGCGAAAUCUUUCCUAUGACCUUACCUGGCAGAAGCUCAAGGAGAAGUUCAGUCAUUGUGGCCAAGUGAUGUUUGCCGAAAUUAAAAUGGAAAAUGGGAAGUCGAAGGGGUGCGGAACAGUACGCUUUGAUUCGCCGGAGAGCGCGGAGCAGGCGUGCCGAAUGAUGAACGGCACCAAAAUCAACGGGAGAGAAGUGGACGUCCGCAUCGACCGAAACGCUUAAGAUCCCGUAGCAAUGUUCACACCCAACUCCCUCCUUCAGUUUUUGUUUUGUUUUAAAAACACUUUCCCCCUUGCAGUCCUCAGUGAUCAUCACCAGCCUCUGUAUCUGGAUGUGCGUAGGGUUACUUUAUAUUCCGUGACACUUUUUUUUUUUUUUGUAA